UCCACAUGCUUCACACUCACUCACUGAAUCAGCCACAUGAGCUUGGCGGGAGAAGUUUACUGUCAAAUUUCACUCUGAUCAGAAUUGAUGAAGUUUAUGAAUUUUAUUUUUAUUCAGAGGUGGUUUGUAUAGUCUCCAGACGUCAUGCCGUCCAGUCUGGGUUUCAGCGGUCCAGCUGCAGUUCUCCAGGAGGUUCUGGAAAACUCCAGCCGUCUGAUCGACAAACAUCUGCAGGAGGAUCGCUGUUUUCCUGACCUGUCUGAGCUGCUCAAUGUCCCAUCGCACAAUAUGCCUUCUCUUUCGGGCAUGUCAGAUAUGGAUUACCCUCUGCAGGGCUCGGGGCUGAUCAGUGUGCCCAGCCUUCCAGAACUCAGCCCAGUCCGGAGAGUUCCUCUGCCGCCGGAGCUUGUGGAGCAAUUCGGCCAUAUGCAGUGUAACUGCAUGAUGGGAGUUUUCCCGGAGAUCUCCAGGGCGUGGCUUACCAUCGAUAAUGACAUAUUUAUGUGGAAUUAUGAGGAUGGGAGCGAUGUGGCAUAUUUUGAUGGGCUGAGUGAAACUAUUCUGUCAGUUGGAUUGGUCAAACCCAAGCCAGGUAUUUUUCAGCCUCACAUCCACUUUCUGUUAGUGUUGGCCACACCGGUGGAUGUUGUGAUUCUGGGCCUGAGCUUCCCUAAGGCUCAAGCAGGUCUAAAUGACAGUAUGUCCGGAGCAAUGCAGCUCCUUCCGGAUCCUCUGUACUCCAUCCCCACAGAUAACACAUACCUGCUGGCCAUCACCUCCACAGAGCAGGGCCGCAUCUUCAUGGCCGGGAAAGACGGCUGUCUAUAUGAAAUAGCAUAUCAGGCGGAAGCCGGCUGGUUCAGUCAACGCUGCAAAAAGAUCAACCAUUCCAAGGGCAGCCUGUCCUUCCUCAUCCCGUCUCUGCUUCAGUUUUCCUUCUCUGAGGACGAUCCGGUUGUUCAAAUUGCCAUUGAUAACUCAAGAAACAUUUUAUACACUCGCUCGGAGAAAGGAGUCCUUCAGGUGUAUGAUCUCGGAGCUGACGGGCAGGGAAUGAGUCGAGUCGCCGCUAUGUCUCUGAGCUCAAUCGUCUCCGUAGCUGGUAACAUCGCCAGGACGAUUGAUCGCUCCGUGUUCAAACCCAUCGUUCAGAUCGCAGUAAUUAAUCGCUCAGAGUCGUCAGACUGUCAUCUGUUGGCCGUCACUCAUGCUGGUGUGCGUUUGUACUUUAGCACCACCCCUUUCGCGCCACCCAAUGCCAAACACACCCAGGCCCGACCCAGUAUCCUGGCUCUGGUCCACGUGCGCCUGCCGCCCGGCUUCUCUGCGUCCUCCACUCUCCAGAAGCCUGCUAAAAUACACAAGGCUCUUUAUGAUAAAGGUGUUGUGCUGAUGGCCGCGUCUGAGACGGAAGACAAUGAUGUUCUUUGGUGUAUAAAUCACGAUUCGUUUCCUUUUAAGAAGCCCCUCAUGGAAGCCCAGAUGACAGUAAAUUUGGAUGGUCACUCAUGGGCUCUGUGUUCGGUGGAGGAAGUGACAUCAUCAAAGAUCAUCACUCCUCUCAAUAAAGAUCUCAUCCCCGUCACUGAUUCUCCAUUAGUUGUUCAACAGCACAUCAUCCCUCCGCAGAAGUUUGUUCUCCUGUCUGCCCAGGGAAGUCACAUCUUUCACAAACUGAGACCCUUGGAUCAGUUACGCCACCUGUUGGUAAGCAGCGCUGGAGGAGAUAGCGAGGACAUUGAGAGGUUUUUUAAGCUCCACAAGGAGGAGCAGGCGUGUGCUACAGCGCUCAUCUUGGCGUGUUCCACGGCUGCGUGUGACAGAGAGGUGUCAGUGUGGGCCACACGAGCGUUUUUCAGGUAUGGCGGAGAGGCUCAGAUGCGUUUCCCAUCUGCAAUUUCGGCCCCCAGUAACGUGGGUCCCCUCUUCAGCUCUCCUGUACCAGGAUCCCCAUUGCCCUUGGGCAGUCCCCUACCAAACCCCAGUUUUCUUGCUACACCUGCCCCAGGUUUUUUCCUUCCCAAUGUGUCGACACCCUACGUCCCAUCUUCACCCGGAAACUACAGCGGGGCCCAGCCCAUCACAGCAAUGUCCUCAGGACCAGAGGUCAUCUUCUCUGGAAAACACAACGGCAUUAGUAUUUACUUCAGUCGCAUACUGGGGAACAUCUGGGAUGGAAGUCUCGCCGUAGAGAAGAUCAUUAACACAGGCAAUCAGACUGUGACUAUUUUGGAGAGCACAGCUGGUUCUUCCGACCUUGAGGUCGUUUUAAUGGAGCUUCAGGGUCUGAAAGAAUUCCUGGACAAAAAUUCCCAGUUCAGUCCAUCUUCUCUGGGGGUGACCAGUUUCAGCUCACCAGCAAACCUGCAGCAAAGACUUCUAGGAUUUAUGCGUCCAGAUGGCUCCAGCUCUCAACAGGUCCAGCAGGAGCGCCAGAGGAAAUACCACACGGAGGCGCAGGCGUUUGAGAAAGCGUCUCUUCAGGCGAUGCAGCAGCUGGUUCAUCGCUCCUGUCAGACACUAGCGCUCUGGAAACUUCUGUGUGACCAUCAGUUUAGCCUGAUCCUCUCUGAGAUGGCCAAGGAGUUUCAAGAGCUGAUCAAGGCUGUUAGUUUUAAGGACGUGGUUGUUUCUGGACGCGAGUUGACAGGCGCGCUCAUCACUGCCCUCAUUAACAUUUACAUCAAAGACAGCGCGUCUGUAGAUACAGUGAGCACUCACCUGAGGGACAUCUGCCCUCUACUGUACAGCAGCGAUGACUGCACCUGCUCGAAGGCCAAUGAGCUUCUGCAGAGCUCCCGACAGAUUCAGAACAAGCUUGACAAGGAAAGAACGCUGAGAGAAUCUCUACGGCUCUACCAGCAGAUCAGCUCUCACACGGACCUGCCGCUCGUCUGUUCACAGUACAGGCAGGUGCGCUUCUAUGAAGGGGUCGUCGAACUGUGUCUGACGGCCGCCGACAAAAAAGACCCUCAGAAACUGGGGCCGCACUUCUACAGAAACGGAGAACCGGAGGAGGACAUUUCUGGACAGCAGGCCUUCCAGGACAGACUCUCGUGUUAUAAAUGCAUCACGGACACUAUGCAGGAGCUGGUGAACCAGAGCAAAGCCGCCCCUCAAUCCCCCAGCGUCCCCAAACAACCCGGACCCCCCGUCAUGACCUCCGACCCUAACAUGUUGAGCAACGAGGACGCGGCCGCUCACUUUGAGCAGAUGCUUGAUCUGGCUCAGCGAUCUCAAGAUGAACUUUUUCACAUCGCUCUCUUCAACUGGCUCAUCCAGGCCGAUCUUACAGACAAGCUCCUGGAGGUGAAUUCUCCAUAUCUUGAGGAUCAUCUGAUGCACAUGAUCAAACAGGAUCAGAGUAAAGUGCGUAAUCUGGACCUUUUGUGGAGAUACUACGAGAAGAACAGGAGCUUCGGGAAGGCAGCACAUGUGCUGGCUCGUCUGGCAGAAAUGCACAGUACAGAGAUCUCUCUGCAGCAGCGUCUGGAGUACAUCUCCAGAGCCAUCCUAUCCUCCAAGAGUUCCUCCUGUGUGUCCUCACUGGGAGCUGACGGAGAGUUCUUACACGAACUGGAAGAGAAGAUGGAGGUGGUGCGUAUUCAGGUGCAGAUCCAGGAGACUCUUCGCAGACAAUAUUCCCAGCAUCCAUCAGUGCAGGGAGCCAUCACACAGCUGGACUCUGAACUCAUGGACAUCACAAAGCUGUACGGAGAGUUCGCUGAUCAUUUCCGCCUGUCGGAGUGUAAACUGGCUAUAAUUCACUGCGCUGGACAUUCAGACCCCAUACUGGUCAACUCGCUGUGGCAGGAGGUCAUCGAGAAAGAAUUAAGUGACAGUGUUGCUAUGAGUCCAGCCGACCGGAUGAGAGCUCUGAGUCUAAAGCUUGUGUCGCUGGGAAAACUGUAUGCUGGAACACCACGAUACUUUCCUUUAGACUUUUUGGUGAAGUUUCUGGAACAGGAAGUGUGCAAGUUAAACUGGGAUGUGGGUUUCGUGACCUUCACCAUGCAGGAGAUUGGAGUUCAGCUUCCACGUCUGCUCGAGGUGUACGACCAGCUCUUCAAGACCCGGGACCCGUGUUGGCAGCGCUUGAAAAACCCCCUUCACCUGGUCGAGUGCAUCCAUGUGCUUCUGUCGCGAUACGCGGAGGACCCCAGCCGUGUGCCCACCUAUGACAGACGAAGGUUUACUAACGUGUGUCUGGAUAAUAUCUGUGGAUAUCUGGUGGAGCUUCAGUCCUUGAGUCCUAACGCUGCUCUGCAGGAUAUUAUACGCAACUUUAAAUCCCUGCAGGCCAAACUGGAGAAACUGCAUUGAUGACAGUGAUAAGUGGUUUUGACUCUAAUCUCCUGGUCUGGAGUUUGAUGGACACAUGAAUGAAGUAAAACACUGAUGAACAGACGUUGGCUAUAUUUACACACGGCGGAUCUUUGCUCUUUCAUACAAAUGAGAAUGUUCACCUAACCAUGGAAAUGCAGAAUUGACGACCAAAAUAAACAGACCAGUUGUCUCCAUCGUUGGUUUACAGAUGUUUUUUUUGUCCUCUGAACUUUCUUAUUUGGCUAAACUCAUUUGUGGGUUGUGCCUGUUCUUAUUUUAGAUAUUUUCUAUUGCUCGAAUUGAAAGCGUAUGACAGAGGUUUGUGUUGGACUUCUUAUAGCAUUUUUCUUGUGUUCAGUAUUUGAAUAAUGAGGAUAAAUUCAUUCGUGUCAAGAAUUCUCACAGCAUGGUGAAUUUUCUAAGUGAGUGUUUUAUUUGUGUGGAUGUAUACUGCAGGUUGAAAGGAAAGUGUUUUUUUGUUUUGUACUAGUCAGCGGGUUCAUAAUCUAAUCUAAACUGUGUUAUGAAAGUGCUUGAUUAUUUUCAACAACCCUUGAAUUUUGUGUACUAAAAUGAUUGCAUUUGAUUUGGCAGCACCAAUAAAAAACUGUUUUGUUUUUAACAACA